AGAACAGAGCCGGCUGCCGAGGCUUCGACACCGCCCACUUGUAAUACUGGCCUUUCUAGCCCGGAAGUUGAUGUUCUCAUCAAAAUGGAACAGCUCAAUAGGUCAAAUGAAGAGGACACUAAAAGUGUAGCAUCACGUAAAAGUGGCUCAAGUGGCAGUCCAAAAACUCACGAACCAAGCCCGUCAACUGAAGACGACGAGGAGGAUUUGUGGAGCAUCUGGGGUGAUGUAAUUCGCAACUGGGAACUAGAAGUGAAAAAGAAUCCGAAUACUAUCAAGAUGUUAGUGAAACGAGGUAUACCACAGCAUUUUCGAACGAUUGCUUGGCAACUACUUUCAAAUGCAUCCAUUUCAUCUAUACAUGAAGCAUAUUCGGAUUACAUGAGGCAGUCAUCUGUUUAUGAGAAGGUCGUCCAUCGUGAUAUCUCACGGACCUAUCCUGAACUCGAAUUCUUUAAGGAUGGAGGACGUGGUCAAGCAUCGUUGUUCAACGUUAUAAAGGCUUACUCAAUACACGACAAGGAGGUAGGAUAUUGUCAAGGCAGCGCGUUCAUCGUGGGAUUGUUGCUUAUGCAAAUGCCAGAAGAAGAAGCAUUUGCUGUACUUGUUCGUUUAAUGGAGAAUUAUCGUCUACGGGAAUUAUAUAAACCCACUAUGACGGAUUUGGGUUUAUGCAUGUUCCAACUAGAAUGUUUGGUUCAAGAGCAGAUGCCUGAUCUUCAUAGUCACUUUAACAACAUGGGAUUUGACACGUCUAUGUAUGCUUCGUCGUGGUUUCUUACCUUAUUCACAACCACUUUGCCAAUUGAAAUAGCAAAUCGUAUUAUGGAUUGUUUCUUAGUCGAGGGUAUGGAAUUUAUAUUCCGUAUAGCGAUGUCAAUACUACAACAAGCUCGUAUUGAUCUGCUUCGGUUAGAUAUGGAAGGAAUGCUGAAGUAUUUUCAACGGGAUAUUCGUGAACGUUAUGAGAAUGACGCUGAUUUAUUGUUCAUGGUGGCGAAUAAAGUUCAACUAAAUCCGAGAAAAAUGCGAAGGUUAAUGCUUUUCAAUUGA